UUUAACGUGGAGGAAUAGUUGACGAACAACCUUUCAUGAACGUCGCCGUCGUCCCAAAGAGCAGUGAAGCGUAAAAAGACAACUUAGAUCUUCUUGACUGGGAAUCCGCAUCUAAAAUUGUUGUCAAUUCAAUCUUCAAACUCAGUAUGAUUACAUGAAAUCAUAAUUUAGGAAUCAUGGAUGGUUUGAAAGAAAGCCAGCUGAUUCGCAUUGAGCCGAUUGCCCAGCUUUUGAAUUAUGGGAUCAAAGCUGACCAUGUGACAUUUCCUCGUGUGACUAUGUCAUCAAAUCGAUGGCUCUGCUGCCGGCAUUCUGAUAAAAAGAAAAAAGACGUAGAGCGAGUUACUGCUUUAAAUUUAACACGUAAAACGCCACGUGCUCUGACUUGGCCUAUCACUGCUGAUUCUGCGAUGAUGAACCCACGCAAACCCUGGCUUGCUCUUAAAGUUGAAAGUUAUUUCCAAGUUUUUAAUGUUGUUGCUCAGAAGCAAAUUCACUCCUGCUCAUUGAGUGAUGACAUCAUUUUCUGGUCCUGGAUAAAUGAAAAUAUUAUCGGCAUGGUAACUGACAGAGCUGUAUAUCACUGGGAUGUUUCUGGCUCAGGCUCUGUUCCACCAGCUCUGGUGUUUUUAAGGAACAAGAAGUUGAGUUUUUCUCAAGUUGUGAGUUACAAGACAGACAGAACAGCACAGUGGUUUAUUUUAGUUGGACUGACAAGGGCAAUAGAAACUGGCGACAGCAAUGCAAUUCGAGGCUAUGUUCAAGUAUAUUCAAAUACUUACCGCUGCAGUCAGCUUAUUGAAGCACAAGCAGCAAAUUUUUCAAGUUAUAAAUUCUCUGGCAAUGUGGUGCCUUCUACUGUCUUGUGCUUGGUGAAUAGGCCCACAGGCUGCUGCUAUGGAAAGAUUCACAUAAUGGAGCUAGGGCCACACCUUGCUGGGAAUGCAUCAUUGCGGAACCUCACAGAACCUAUCAACUUCAGUAAAGGUGGAAAGUAUGAUAUCCCUAUAGCUGUUGAGGUGUGCUGUUCCACUGGCUUGGUGUAUGUGAUGACAAAGGCAGGUUUUGUGAAGGUGUGUGAUGUUGAGUCGGCAAUGCACUUGUGUACAGCGAGAGCGUCAGAAUCUACGGUAUUCAUCAGUGUCCCUCACUCGGAUAAAGGUAUUCUUGGUGUCAGUAGAAACAGCAAGGUAUUCCACAUGACUGUGAAAGAAAAAGAACUUCUUCAUCACAUCCGCUCUACAUUGAGAAGGCCAGCAAUAGCAACUCGCUUAGAGAAGUCUUUCAGUGGACAAUCAUGACACGUCUCAGAGUGCAGUAUUCUUAGCUUGACAUUAGUCACGCCAACCGCUUUCCUUCUAACUGGGGAAGCAUUUAGUAUGAGUUUGGUCACAGUCCCUUCAUGUAUGGAUUUAGCAUUCAUAGCCACUUUUGUUGAAUUGAUGUGCAUUGUUAACCAAACCAAGUUCAAGAGAUUAGAGAAGAAACAUAAAUAUUGUUGGAUUUGAAUUUAAUUACCUUGAUAUGGGUAUUCAAAUUGACUUUUCGUUUACAAGGGGUUUUUUUUAAAUCUAUUUUUUAGUAAUCAAGUCUUCCUCAUUGUGUAAUAAUCUAUCGGUUGAUUCAUUAGAGGUUUCAACUUCUAAAAAAAAGAUGAAAAAUAAUUAAAAAACAAAUGUGCAAUACACAUCAACACAGUAUAUUAAUGUAUGUGCUAAAGGUGUUAAUUCUUUUCUAAGAAUAUGUGAAUUAACCUUUUUUAAAUGCAAGUCUACUCAUCCAAUAAUCGUACUAGCGGUUUCAACAUCUUCCAAACAAACUAUUGCCACCGAACAAUAUUCUUAAAUUGUUUCUCUAACAUCCCCAAGUUGUAUCUUCCAUUUACAAGUACAGAAGUGACCUUUCCAGAUGUAAUUUUUCAUUAAUAAGAGAGGAAUAACUUUUCCAAUUACUCAGUACUUUGUAAAAAAUUGGUUUAGCUGCUAUUCUAUUCUAUUGUAUUUUCAUGCAAUAAUUUGACUCGUGGGGAAGUAUUAUUUCCUUAUGUGUGCUUAAAUCAUGUUUUCUAAAUUUGUUGCAUCAGCUUGUGCUGCAAACUUAAAUCGAAGACUAAAAAUAUUGCCUGGUGCUACUGUUCUUAAUUUUAAUAAAUCAUUUGUAAUCAGUAUGAAUAUGCAAAUAACAAAAUCAUUUUAAGGUGCUUGGCCCUCUUGUGACAUAUGUGCUCACACGUGUAAGGCAACUCUGUACUGUAAUCAUUUUUUUUUAGUCUUCCAAAUAUAAAGACGGACACAUUAUAGAAAGAAAAAGUGUUCUUUUACAAGAAUAAUAAACUGUAGACUGUGGUAAUGAUUUACAGUAGACUACUUGUGACUUUCUUGUGUUCCUUUAUUGGUAUUAUGUCAUCUGAUUUAUUAUUAGGCUCAUGUGGCUUCACUCUGUAAGUAUUGACUAUAGAGGGCUUGAAUUUAUAAAACAAGUAAGCAGUUUGGACAGUGGUUGUGAUUCUUGGGUUCUGAAUUGUAAGGUCAGGUAUUAAACUCCAUUCCACUUGUUUCACUUCCUUGGGCAAGACACACCUAAUUCGUCUCUCUACACACAAGAGUAUAAAUUGAACCACGUAAGAUAAUUUGGGAUUAGCUGCACAACUAGGAAUUUUUUCAAGGGUUGGGGUGGUUUUGCAUAGAAUGUGAUCUAGUGAUAAAGGGGUAAUAAAGUGUCAUGGAAGAUACCAGCACUACAUUUAAUAUAACAGUAAACAAUCAUUAAUGACCUACUAUUACUAUUACAAACUAUUUAUCGUUAUGUUAACAGAAGUGUUUGGUGUUUAUUAUAAACAUGUUAAUUGCGAGGAAAAGUAUAUGGAUUAAUGCCAACAUAUGUAUUGUACAUAGAUGUUGCCAAUUGUUGCGAAUAAAGUGUAAGCAUAUUAAUGUUAAAAACAGUUAAAAUUUGAAAGGUAUCUUGUACAUUGUUGUUUGCUAAAUGUUAGGGACAGAGGUCAUCUUUCAGUAGUAAAGGCAUAUUGAUAAUAUGUAAUAAAUGCAUUUAAUUAAUGCAUGUAAUUAAGGAAUGUCAUAUACAUAUUGCCAUCAGUCAGUUUUUCAUAAUUGUGUAUGUAGCUAAUAUCCUAUACAUUAAUGUGUUUAAUGCAUAUAAUUUACAUAAUUAAUAUUUGUUGUUAUAAUAAAUGUAGGUGAUCUGUGGCUUGUGCAUCAUGUUAUCUCUGCCAGCUUUUAAGUAAAGUAAUUAUUAGUUUCUCCUCCCAGCCUACUUCAAUCUUUUCUACCACCUCAAUUUACCACCAUUUUACGUAAACAAAGCAAAUACAAUAAUUAUAACUCCAUAGUGCAUAGAACCAGCAUGAAGACUUGAUUUGAAAAAACUGAUGGUCAUAAAUAUAUAAUUCUAGGAGUGCCUUUCUUUCAAAAGUUAGGAUUUGGACGAUGGAAUUGUUGUCUUGGCAGUACAGUAUUGUCUUUUAGGAGGCAUUACUUUCAUCAUCUCUCAAUCCACUUUUUGUAAAAUUUUAAUAACAAUUUAGACUAAAUUUUUAUCUGAAUUGUCUGAACAUAUCUUGCUAGUCUUUAUUUAUGUACAAAUGUAUAAAUUAAAUCUAUAAUAAUGUUUAAAAUAUAUUAUGAAUUUCAUUUUCAAUUUUUUAAAUUCAUAUUUUUUUGAAUUUCAACUUAAAUACUGUACAAUGCAUUACCAUACAAAGUCAGUACAUAAUAUACAGAAGAGGUUACAGAAUAAUUAUGCUGCUUGCUAAUCAACAUUUUAGCAAUUUUUUUUCAGAAGUAGAUUUUAUAUGACAUUAAUUUAAAUCAGAACAGAUAAAGAAUCAGUUCAUAGUCUAAAUAUUGUACUUUCUUUGUAAGCCUUGGGUAUCAAUGUUGCAUUGGAUUUUGAUAUUUACUUAUAUCACAGCCUCAAUAAUACAAAAAAUAGCAAUUUUACAAUGUUACAUAGUGAAUUAUAAUUUGAGUCUUUCUAAGGUCAAGGUGCAAGAGCAAUUGUUUUGCCAAUGAUUAUGGAGUAAGUUGCAGAUCAGAAAUUUGAAAUUGUUUGUGACAGAAGUUUAAAAAUAAAUAUCUGAUUGAAAACACAAA